AUUGGUGUUAGCCUUGUAGACCAAUCAGGAAAAAGGUUUGUCGAGCAUGGGCGGAGCAAUAAAGCACCAACUGCUACAAUGGAGGUGAUUGUGAUCGACAAGUGUGAAUAUUGUAGGCCCCAUGCUGUGGUUAUCUCUCUUCUCACCUUUGUGUAUCAGCACCGUUGUUUCCAUUCCCCUGAAGACGGCCUGUGACCUGAGAUGAUCACAGCCCAUUCUCCGAAGCAAACUCUCAACUUCAGAAAUUUCGGAGUCUGGGUCACAACAGGACACAAUAUAAAUACAAACUUUCCAAACUACGUGGAUUUGGUGAAGACGUUGUGAUAAGAGAAUCUUCAAUACGCUGGAACUCCUGGUACAUGUGCGGGCACUGUCUGCUGACAUCAUUGCGCCAUGCUGAGCGUGCGAGCGCAGAAUUUUUCUGUGGCGAGACUACUGGAACUGAAAGACGUGGAGCAGGAUGCGAACCCCAGGAUCCAGACGUGCGAGCGAAGACCCGCGGACCAGACAGGUGUGUUGCAAAACGAUUGUCUCUGCGUGCGGCGUGUGCUGAUGUCACCUCAUGGCUACGUCGUCGGUAACAUCGCCGGCUGCAAACACCGUUUUGUAGACGACAAAGUUUGGACAGACCCGCGAGUUUACGGCGGAAGUGAACAUAUCAGCACGUGCGCAGACUCUUGGCAAGACCGCGCGAAUGAAAGUGAUGCAGUGUGGAAAGAAUGGGAAGUGACGGACGAACGCACGAAGGAAGAAGUGGACCAGUCCAAGAAAUGUGCUGCCGUCUCGCCUGUCUCAGCUCCUCGUUUCCACGGAGAUGAACCCAGCGUUUCUCUCCUGGCCCGGAAGUACUCGUGCGGCGGACAGUGGAGUUUCAGUCAUAGCAGCAGUGGUGUUCCUUUGUUUCCGCACCCUUUCGUCGUCACUUCCGCAGGAAACGCCCACGGAGUGCAGGCAGAGCUGUGUCAAGCUGAACUCUGUCAGGCAGACCUCUGGGAAGCGUUCCACGCUCUGGGAACAGAGAUGAUCGUAACCAGAGCAGGCAGGCGAAUGUUUCCACCUAUUCGUCUGCGCUUCGGAGGACUGGAACCCAACGCUCAUUACACGUUGUGGCUGGAGUUUGCACAAUGCGGAACCAACAAAUACCGCUACGUGUACCACAGUUCCAAGUGGGCCGUGGCUGGAAAAGCAGAACCGGACCACUCCGAGCCCAGGGUAUACACACACCCGGACAGUCCGUUCUCUGGCCGCACACUGCUGUCACAUGGCGUGUCAUUUGAACGUGUCAAACUGACCAACAACGUCCAUCCUUCACUCGGUCAGGUGAGCCUAAUUUCGAUGCAGAAAUUUCAGCCCCGAAUUCACGUAGAGAAAAUGCACAAAAGUCCAGGUAACGAUGCGACACCUGUCCAUUUUACCUUCACAUUUCCGCAGACGUCCUUCAUUGCCGUUACAGCCUAUCAAAACCAACAGAUCACACAGCUGAAGAUUGCCAGGAAUCCAUUCGCCAAAGGGUUCAGAGAGUCUGGAAAGAGCAGGCACGGAGUCAUGGCAGUAUUCUCCUCUGCUUUCCAAGAACGCAGAACUCAUCAAGUCAAUGCUGCUGCUGCUGCUGAAGUUCAAAUUGUCUGCCCUAGUGUUGUCUCCGGACAUUGUCUGCAAGUUCCCUGCCCCUUGUGGAAACGCCCAAGAUAUGACGCCAUAGCGGAGAACAGUGCUGACGUAGACAACGUGACGCAUCUCUUGAUGACGUCAGAUGUGACGCACAUCCCCCAGAAUCCAUCAGUGUUCUAUCCAGGUGUAUGGAGCUCGAAGAUCGCAAGUGCUCAGUAAAGAUUCACCCAGAGAUGUGGUCACAUCCCACUGACCCCUGCUACUCUCCUUACGAACCACGCGUGUCCCUGAAGAGGAUGCCAUGCAGUGUGAUGCUACAAGAGAAACAGGCAGCAGCCGUGUCAAACACGAUAAACCCGUCUCCCUGACCCCGCCUAACACUUUCCAAGACUUGAAAUAGCGAAGAGAAAAAAAAAGACUGUUGUGACAGCAAUAAAGAAUGGUGGACUAU